AUGGCACGCACAACAGCAGCGGCAGCGGCGGCCCUCGGCCUUAAGAUGGUCGACGAAUCGGCCAAGGAGACCAAGACCCCAGCCUCAGACAAGACGAAUGGCACGUCGACUACAAAUGGCAAAGAGUCAAACGGCGAAACCACAAACGGUGAGACCAUUGAGGAAGACGAGACGUCAGCAGAGACCAAUAGCGAGGAGAAGAAAGAGGACGAGGAGGAGAAGCCCAAAAAGCCUCUGGCUCCCUUCGGCUCAAUUGCCUCUACCAAGAAUAUCUACAAGUCCGCCAAAGACAGCGACGGCAACUGGACAUGGGUAGACAAGUACCCGGAAGACGUGCAGGAAGCCGCCGAGAACGAGGAGACUGAGCAGUACGCCGUCGUGGUGCGCAAUAUCAAGAGCAACGAUAGCCGGAAGAAGCUUGAGGCCGACUCCAUCGUCAUCCAGAGCCCUUGGUUGAAGAAGGCCUUGGGUGUGAUCCUGGAUGGCUACACUGGCGUCGCUUGCGAGCUAGAACGCCUCGAGUUCGACGCUCCCUUCCGCCCCUUUGUGCAUCGCUGGACGGAAUUUCGCAAGUACAUGGGCAAGAAGGACCUGGAUGCACACACCAAGGAGCAUCUCACUAUCCUGCACGACAUCCUCCAGUACGAAAUUGGUAACACCAUCAAGGCAUUCGAGGAUUACGUUGCAAAGGGCGUUAUCACAUUCGAGCAUCUGUGGAUGAUCUUCCAGCCCGAUGCCAUCAUCCUCUCGGCUCACAAGGGCCCUCUAUCUGCCUUUGAGCUCGAGGAGACCGAGUAUAUGGAGAAUAACUGCGGAAAGUUCCUCCAGCUGCGCGCCGACUGUGUUGACUACGGCGGCAAGGAGUUCGGCCGCUACGGUGAGCGCAUCAACAUCUCCGAAUUCCUCGGCACCAAGAAGAUCACCGGCCUCAAUGCCUACCCUUGGGCAUUCCACGCCCAAAAGGAGAAGCUGCGCACCAGCCUUAUCCAGCGCGGCAAGAUCUUCGAGGAGCUGGCUGGUCACAACUACAAGCAGUACUCAGGCACUGCCAUCACCUGGGACAGCGAGGGCAACGAGGUGCCCGUCCAGGUCGAAGGCCGCAUCGUCGUUGAUAUCAACUCAUUCAACCGCUUCAGCCCCUACCGCAACCGCUACGUUGACGACUGGAACGCAAAGGACAUGGAAGCACUUUCGGCAUGGAAGCGUCAGCAUGGACUGGGCAAGGACGGCAACCUCAAGCUGACUCCCUACCACCAGAUGCUGGCGCGGUCGCGGACGAGGGGUUACUCGCUCAAGCUGAAGAAGUGGCUCGACUUCUUCGUUGAGCAAGUCACCGAAAUUACCUGGAACACAAACGCCUUUGAUAAGCUCGUCCUACCCGAGGAUCAGAAGGAACUGAUUCUCGCCUUCUCCGAGUCGCAACUUGAUGGGUCUACUUUUGACGAUGUCAUUUCCGGCAAGGGUAAAGGCAUCAUCUGCCUUCUUUCGGGUCCGCCUGGUGUCGGCAAGACCCUGACAGCAGAGGCUGUCGCCGAGAACCUCCGCGUCCCGUUGCAUACCCUCAGCUCGGGCGAUCUGGGCUCGCAGCCAUGGGAGGUGGAGCAUGGCCUCUCGCGUAUCCUCGAGCUCGUGGCGCGAUGGAACGCGAUCCUGCUCCUGGACGAGUGCGACGUCUUCCUCGAGGCACGCUCUACGCACGACCUGGAGCGCAACAAGGUCGUCUCCAUUUUCCUGAGAACGCUCGAGUACUACGAGGGUAUUCUCUUCAUGACGACCAACCGCGUCGACAACAUCGACCUGGCGUUCCAGUCGCGCAUUCAUGUUUCGCUAGAGUACCCUGAUCUCACUCCAGAAUCGCGUCGCCAGAUCUGGCGCAACUUCUUGCAGGGGGCGACGCUCAAGAGCGAGGUUUCUGAUGAGGAUAUCGUCGAGUUGUCUGAACUGAAGCUCAAUGGCCGGCAGAUCAAGAACAUCCUCAAGACUGCGCAAUUGCUGGCUGCUAGGAAGAAGAGUCCACUCAAGCGCAGCUUCAUUGACAUUGUUCUUAACAUCGAGAAGCGGCGACCUGGAGGCCAGGCUUCUUAG